AUGAGAGUUUUCGGCCUUUUACAAAUCGCUUCUUUUGUAAAAGCGAGCAAUAUGACUUGGACAGGAUCACUUGAAAACUUCGACUUCGACCUGCUCUUGGCCGAAUCUGACAGCCCCAUCGCGAAGGAACUCCUCUCCCUUUCCCCACUCAACGGAGAAGAAGUAAAGAUCGACUCAAGAGGAUACUUUGACACGGAAGCGCAGCGCGCUGAAAACCGUAAGCGCAAGCUCAAGUCGAUUCUCGAAGUCGUCAUGUUCUUGCAAGCUGACAGGAGCGCAUUCACGCUUGAGAAGUACUUACAGUACGGUUGCUACUGCUUCCCGCAGAGGGAUGCUCAACUUUUUGUCGGAAGAGGAAAUCCAGUUGAUGAGGUGGAUAAAGUUUGCAAAGCGUUUCAGACUUGCUACAGGUAA